AAACACUGACUAGACUGACUGGUCCUUUAAUUAAAUAGCAUGGCUCUGGAAUAUUGUGAUGGUCUUUUUACAUUGCUUUUAGGCUUUUAAAUAGUCUUUGCAUUGUUUCAUCUCUGUAAAGUAGAUUCACAGCCGGGGCCGUAGCUUCUUGAAAUCACUGAGGUCAUGUCCUCACUGCUUUUACUGUAUUUGUGUUAUUGUUAUUAUUAUUAUUAUUAUUUUGAGUGUGUGUGCACGCACGCAAAUUUGACAUUUAACAAAACAUUCUACAAAUAAAAAAACUUAAAUAUGGGGAUUAUUUCAUAAACUGACCUCAUUAUUUCUCGACACGAUUUCUCUUUAAAAUAAAACAACUAAUUCAUUAAUGAAGGAAUAGUUUGUCACUUUGGAAAAUAUGCUUAUUAGUAUUUAGCAUACUGUGGUGAGCAUCAGAAGAGAAGGUAGAUACCCCUCUGUUAUUCGCAUGGUAAAUAUUAAAGCUACAGCCAGCUGCUGGUUAGCGUAGCUUAAGUUUUUCUGAGGUUGCAUGUGACAACAUGUGAGUCUGACUCAUUACCAUAUGAAAUAUUAAACUUGUAGCAUAAUAUCCGCCUUGCAUUUGCUCAACAGCUGCACAUGACGAAUGAAGAUAUAUGAAUGAAGAUAUACAGUAUCUUCAUUUAUAUAUAUAUGUACAGUACAUAGUCUGAACAUGCAUUGUGUAUGUAUACUGUAUAUAAAACGGCAUACAUAUAUGCUCGGUUUUUUAUUUACUGUAUAAAAAAGUGCUAUGAAUAUAUACUGUCAAAACGCUCUGCAUCAUGUACAGAUGGUGAGCAAAUACAUGGCGGAUAUUAUGCUACAAGUUAUAUAGUAACAAGUUACUAUAGUAGUAACUAUAUAUAUGUGUAUAUAAAUAUAUAUGUGCAAUAUAUAUAUAUCAUCAUUCCUCAGCUCGCUCGUGUUUUGUCUGGUUACCCAGCAGCGGCGCAAACACCGGUCACGUGGUCGGAGUGACGCGUUCACCAGGAAGCGGUGAUGUGUUUACCUCGGUGUCGUCCGUCCGCUGUCCACCGCGACACCGAGCAUCCUUUUUCCUUUUCCUUUUUAAAAAAAAAUCUGAGAUGAGAUGAUAGCCGGACACGCUGCGAUGACAUGAAGCCGCUCUCCGACUCCUCCGUCUCCUCCUCUGUGAAUCGAGCAGGCAUCGACAUGGCGUCGUCCAGUUACACUUGCAUCCAGGACAGCGGCUCAGAGAAGGACAGGCUGCUCUCCUCCUUGGCCAGCUAUGGGUCCCAGGACCCCCUCGCGGCUGGGACCCCCCGUCCCACGUGUCUGGUGGGCUCCGAGGUCCACCCGCAGCAGGGGGAAGAGGAGGAGGAGGAGGCCCUGAGGAGGAAGCUCAAGUACUUCUUCAUGAGCCCCUGUGACAAGUAUCACGCCAAGGGGCGCAAGCCUUUCAAACUGGGCCUGCAGCUGCUGAAGAUCGUCAUUGUGACCGUGCAGUUGGUGCUGUUCGGACUGAGCAACCAGAUGGUUGUGACCUUUAAGGAGGAAAACACGGCGGCAUUCAAGCACCUUUUCCUGAAGGGUUACCAGGACAGCGUUCCUCAGGCAGUCCACACGCAGUCGGAGCUGUACAGCCGCAUUCACUUUGCCGUAGAGCAGUACCUUGCUUUGCCUGAGAUCGCCCUGGGACGGUACGCGUAUGUGCCGGGCGUCAUGAACGGGAGUGCGCUCGCCCUCUGUCAGCGGUACUUCCGGAGGGGCGCCAUCGACCCCGUCAACGACACCUUUGACAUCGAUCCCCAUGUUGAAACCGAUUGCGUUGGAGUGAAUCCACUGAAUGACAGUUAUGGAAACAGUGACUACAAGAAUUUUACUCUCAAGUUCUACAAGCUGAUCAAUGUAACAAUCGACUUCUGGCUGAAGGCCAUCAACAUUCAGACCAUUAUAAACAAUGAAAUCCCAGACUGCUACACCUUUGCCAUCACGAUCGUCAUGGAUAACCGGGCGCACAGCGGCAAAGUUAAGAUCCGUCUGCAGAACCAAGCCUCCAUCAGGGAGUGUAAAGACCCCAACGUGUCUGGGCAUGCGGAGAACUACGCACGGCAGUUCUUUGAUGUGCUGGUGGCGAUAGUCUGUCUGUUGUCCCUGCUCCUGUGUGGGCGCUCCAUCGUCAGAGGCAUCCUCCUGCAAUAUGAGUACGUGCAGUUUUUCAGUCACAGACUCGGUCGCAGCGUGAGCUGGGGAGAAAGGAUGGAGUUCAUCAACGGCUGGUACAUUCUGCUCGUUGUCAGCGACGUGUUCACCAUCGUCGGGAGCUUCAUCAAGAUUGGGAUCGAGUCCAAGAAUUUGUCAUCGUACGAUGUGUGCGGCAUCCUGCUGGGAACCUCCACACUGCUGGUGUGGGUGGGAGUCAUCCGCUACCUCAGCUUCUUUCAGAAGUACAAUAUCUUGAUUGUGACUCUAAGAGCUGCUUUCCCGAACGUUAUCCGCUUCUGCUGCUGUGCAGCUGCCAUUUACUUGGGAUAUUGCUUCUGUGGAUGGAUUGUGCUCGGGCCCUAUCAUGCCAAGUUUCGCUCCCUGUCCAUGGUGUCGGAGUGCCUGUUUUCUCUGAUCAACGGGGACGACAUGUUUGUCACGUUCGCUGAGAUGGAGCACAGUGGCACGCUGGUGUGGAUCUUCAGCCAGGUCUACCUCUACACCUUCAUCUCCCUCUUCAUCUACAUGGUGCUGUCCCUCUUCAUCGCGCUCAUCACCGGAGCCUACGACACCAUUAUGGCCCAAACACAGGAGCAGGUCCGCAUCACUGACCUGCACGCGUUCAUCGCCGAGUGCAAGGACACGCCCUGCUCCGGCAAGUUCCGUGGGCCUGAGGGGUCGUCGUGCUCUUUCCUCUGCUGCUGUGACUGGUGAAGAAGAGGAGGACGCAGAGACCGAGAACCCAGCAGGGACGCUAAAUGCCUCGAGAGUGAACCGACUGACCUUGGAACACUUUGUCCUCUCUGCGCGGGUUUGAAUUUUGCAUUUAAAUUAGUUCUGGAACAGUAGAAAAACCAUUGCACAGUCACAAGCCACAGUUACUUGCUUUUGUACUGUAUGAAUAAUUUAUUGUCUCUUUCUGAAAUGUUAUUUUGUUGAGGCUUCGAUGACGGCACGCUGGACACAGUGUCCACCAAGUAAAAUGGAUGCACAUGUUCUCGUAAAUGAUCCAUUGUGUACAGGUUUUUUUAAUUAUUAUUUCACUGUUCAAAUGGCUACCUAGGAGACAUUAUUUUGUGACUCUCUAUUAUGUAAAGAUAUGCAUGUCAUCUGAAUCUUCAUGGCAGAAGUAGAAUAGACACAGGGGAGAGGCAGGCAAGCUGGGGGAAAAAAAGGUGAUCACUAACUGCUGUGUGUCUGCAUUAGCUUCUCCAAGAUUUCAGGGGCAAGUUGGUCCAUUCCCAUUUCCAUUCUUCCCUCCUCAUUUCCUUUGUUCAUGUCCGCCUGUGGCUGUGAGGAGAUGAUGGCUGCACGGGUAAAGACAAGCCCUGCAGCCAACCAGUUAGUCAUCAAUAUGUAUGAGCUGUUUCGUCUGUAAAGAGCCAGGUGCACUCUAAUGCACUAAUGCAAGGUAGGGCAUUUUCUCUCUUUGGUUUAAAGCGCUCCAUGGAAGCCGGCAGAAUAUAUUGUUUAGAAAAUCAGGACUUUAACUGUGUCAGGAGACGUUUACAGAAAAUUGUGUAGUAGUUGAAAAUUUUAGAGUUUGCACAUUGUACCAUGACUCAGCUGCCUGACUAAGGAAGAGAGCAGUAACAUGCUGAGGGGGAAAAAAGGUCAGAAGUUCGAAAGCUCUCAGACAAACUACGUUCAAGACAAACGGUUGUACCUCAAUAUUAGGCCUUGUUAUGCUGAGUGUUAAUGAUUGUUAUCAUAGACCAUAGGUAAAACCUUAACUCAUUUUAACACUGCACGCAAACUAAAGGCUGCAGAGAAAACGCAUCUAUAAUCAAACUGUCAAUUCCACUUCAGUCUGAGGCUGCAGAGGCGCUGCCACUGUUGCUCUGCUAAGUUAGUGGUUAGAAUUUAGCAGGACUAACUCAUAUGGUGUAAAAUUAUGAUUCUAGAAUUAGAUCCUGUCUAAUUUAUAAGUUAUAACAGGCUCAAUUAAUACAAAGUUGAGUUUUCAACUCCCAGUUGUGGUAUAUUGGUGUUUACUUAUGUUUUCUAGUUGUAGUUUUUUUCUUGUGUAUUUUUUCAUGCUGUUUUUAUCCCAUCCCUGAAAAUGACUUAUUUUCAAGGCGGAAUCAUUUUUAUGUAAAGGUACAAGGCUACUAGGCUCAUGUUUUAUCAAAUAGGUGUCAGACCUGGACAAUGUCAUUACACUGACAUUGAGGCAGCAUGUGUAAAAGGUUAAUAGCUCAGUGAAUGACUGUGAGCAUCUGUACAAACCAGCAGUUCUUCAUUGACGCUUAUUAAAGAAAUGUCAUGGUUACUAUAGAAACUCUAGUGUUACUAUUGAAAUAAGUGGUAAUCUUUUUACUGCAUGUUGUGUACGGUCAAAUGAAGGGCACCGUUGAAGGGACAUUCACCGCACAAAAUCUGAUCAGGGGAAAAAAGGGAUGUGAGAUGCAACACGUUUGAUGCCUUUGUAUUAUUGUGUUAAUUGUUUACUCAUUUUUUUACGCCAAUUAACCAAUAUUGUUUACAGUUACAACGCUUAGCAAGUGUUUUCAUUUAAAGAGUGGUUGUUUAUGUGCACUUCAUGAAGAGAGAUGUACAGCCUCGUUUGAAUUGAAUGUGCCACUUGGGAGCCAUACAGCACAAUGGAGUGAAGCACCGUGUGUGUAAUGUAUCUGUUAAUGUUCACCUGACACUUCUGGGAAGCGUCUUUCAUUUAAAUUUUGAUUCAAUUGUAACUGUAUUUCUGCUUACUAGGGUUGUUUACUUAUAUUCUGUACGCUGUCUUAAUCAUUUUACCUCAUUUCAAGAGGAGGCCAGUAGUCGCUACAAGGGGAGUUUAUCUAUUGACGUAGUGGAAGAAGUUUUACAGGUUUUUACCCUCAUUUAUAUUGAAUGUUUUAUGGUAAGAUGUGGCCUUCUGAAAGAAUGUGCACAUCAGCUAAAUAAACUAGAAAUACACUGAAA